GUGGAACAGUGUAUUUGUGUACGUGCGUGCGCGUGCAUGUGUGUGUGCGUGUGUUGUCUCUGAUUGUUUUCUAUUGUGUGCGCAGUGCGUGCGUUCGUUUGGCUGAGGGGGCGGGCGGGACAAGUGCAAGUGCCAGCAGCAGCAGCUAAAGGAGUGAAAUCUGUGCAGCCAAAUCGGCGAAACAGAACUGUUUGAACGGGCUCGAGUUUCUUAAAAGAAGCGCGCGUCCAUGUUUGAGCUUUUAAUGCUAGCUGAGAGCAGACGACGGCAACUCGUUUAACAACAGCGCAACAAGGAGCAGCAGCACCGGCCAUGCUCCCUAUCAGCGAGGAGCAGCACGUGGACAACAGCAGCAGCAAUCAGCAACAUGCGAAUGUCUCAGAUGAAGCCGCUGCUGCCGCUGCCGCUGCGGCCGCGAAUGGCCUGGCCGAUGAUAAGGCAGCUCUGGCCGCUGAUGCGAGCCUGUGGACGGCACUAUAUGACUACGAUGCACAGGGCGAAGAUGAGCUGACAUUGCGACGGGGACAGAUCGUUGUUGUGCUCUCUACCGACAGCGAGGUUUCCGGCGACGUGGGCUGGUGGACGGGUAAAAUCGGUGAUAAGGUUGGGGUUUUUCCGCGCAACUUUGUGACUGACGCGGAUCCAUUAGAAUUGCCGCACGAAAUCGACGAGUCGGAGCUGGACAUCAAAGAGGUGAUUGGCUCCGGCGGCUUUUGUAAAGUUCAUCGCGGCUAUUACGACAACGAGGAGGUCGCCAUAAAGAUAGCUCAUCAGACUGGCGAUGAUGAUAUGCAACGGAUGCGUGACAAUGUCCUCCAGGAAGCCAAGCUGUUCUGGCCGCUAAAGCACCGCAAUAUUGCAGCACUGCGUGGGGUUUGCCUGAAGACAAAGCUUUGUCUGGUCAUGGAAUAUGCGCGGGGCGGCAGCCUCAAUCGCAUACUCGCUGGAAAAAUACCCCCCGAUGUUCUCGUCGAUUGGGCGAUACAAAUCGCCUGCGGCAUGAACUAUUUGCACAGCGAGGCGCCCAUGUCGAUAAUACAUCGUGACCUUAAGUCCUCCAAUGUGCUCAUCUAUGAGGCCAUCGAGGGCAGCGAUCUUCAUAACAAAACGCUCAAAAUUACCGACUUUGGCCUCGCACGCGAAAUGUACAACACGCAGUGCAUGAGCGCCGCUGGCACCUACGCCUGGAUGCCGCCCGAGGUCAUCAGCCGGAGCAUGUACUCAAAGUCGUCGGAUGUGUGGAGCUAUGGUGUGCUGCUCUGGGAGCUGAUCACGGGCGAAACGCCCUACAAAGGUUUCGAUCCGCUUUCCGUUGCAUAUGGCGUCGCCGUCAAUACACUAACGUUGCCGAUACCAAAAACGUGCCCCGAAACGUGGGGCGCUCUUAUGAAAAGCUGCUGGGAAAGUGAUCCGCACAGACGGCCAGAUUUCAAAAAGAUCAUCGAGCAGCUGGAGAGCAGCGCGUGCUCGAAAUUUACUUUAACGCCACAGGAAUCCUUUCAUCACCUGCAGGAGCUAUGGAAGAAGGAGAUUGCCGAAGUGCUGCAUGAUCUGCGCGAAAAAGAAAAGCGUUUCCAAACUAUCGAAGAGGAACUGCGCAACAAGGAGGAGCAGCUGAAGCUGAUGCAAAAGAAGCAACUGGAGAAGGCCAAUAAGCUGCAUGAGCUGGAGGAGCAGCUGCGCCAACGCGAAAUCAAUAUACUAGGACGCGAGCUAAUGAUGCAACCAGUGACUAUGCCCGUGCCGGUGCCAUCGAAACGGAAGCCCAAAAAGAGUAAAAAGAAACCGUUGCAGAUAUCACUGCCCACGGAAUUCCGGCACACAAUUACGGCCGUUUGCGACAAGGUGGAGCCACCCGGAUCGCCCUCCCUCUCCAGAUUGCGCAUUGUUACACUGACCGACGGGCACAAGAACAAGACCUGGGGUCCAUCGACAAUGCACCAGCGCGAACGCUCGCUGCUGCCGUCGCAGCAGCCCGAGUGGCCGGCACAGAGCUCGACGCAAUCGUCGUUCAGCAAGAGUGCGCCCAAUCUGGACAAGAAGCUGCUGAACGCUGCGGCGGCGGCAGCAGCAGCUGCUGCUGCGACGGCUGGUCCAGGUGGCGCCACACCGAUGGCUGCAACGGCAGCGAUGGCGACCCAGUUGCUGGGCAGCUCUAAUGUGGGCAGCAUUGCCGGCGGCUCGACGCCCACGUCGCCCUUGUACUUGGGCGGCAGUGUGGCGGCGAUUGGUGCGGUUGGCGCUGGUGUGGCUACAGGUAUGCCAUAUUUAAUACUGCAUACCAAUACCAAUACCAACAACAACAACAACAACAGCAACAACAACAACAACAGUAAUCACAUAUAUAACAACAACAACCACAAAACUAAUACAAACAGCAUCAUGUCAUCCAAUGCCACGCCUCGAUUAAACGGCAAUCACAACAACAACAACAACAACAGCAGCUGCAGUAGCAACCACAACAACAACAGUAAUAAGAACAUGGCGAAUCGUUCGCCGGCCAUCAACAUUUUCGGUCGCGCCCGCAGCCAGGAUUAUGGCCUGGAUAUGCCGCACAGUGGCAACAACCAUGUAAUCCACCUGCUGCCAGACGAUAGCUCCGAAACGGACAGCCUGACGCCCACGACGGGCUGCUUCCACUUCCUCAAGUCGAGCACCUCCACUGUGGCAAUGGCGCCCGUUGUGUGCGGAUCGCCGUAUGGCGGCAGCCUCGGCAACAGUCCCGCCGUGGGUCGUAAGAAGCUUGCGCUGGACAGUCAGUUCGUGCAGCCCGGCGGCAUGCAGGCGCCGCCGACUAUGACUGCUAUGUCGCCGCUGGUGGCGCCGCCGACGCUGGAGUGGGGCGAUAAUAAUACGUACGAUCGAGCCUUCUAUCGGGGCUUGGAGAAGAAGAUAUUGGCCAGCAGCGAUCGCGUGAACUCCAAGUCGAGCGGCGACCUCACCAUGUACAACUCCGCCACGCGGCUGACCGAGGCGCGAACCGAAAUGGCAGAGGAUGCGCUGGAGAGUCGCUUUCAGCGGAAUGCGUCCGGCUCCCAGUUUCCGCGGCACUGCUUCUUUCGGCAACAGCCGAACAGCAAUGAGUGCGACAACGACAUCGAUGACGAUGACGAAGACAACGAUGAGGAGGUGCAGCAUCAGCUUCACGACUGGGACCAGGACCAGUAUGAUCGGGAUGCGCUAGAUGAGCAGCGCAAUAUUCACUCACAUUGCUCCUCGGAGCACUCGUCCUCAACCGUCGACACCUCAGCCAGCCAGACGCGUACCAACUGCCCCACGUCGCGCAAGAGCUCGGUUACGUUUCAGAUGAACUCCCCCUCGUUGGAGACGGCGCCCGCGGCUGCAGGGACUGCCAUAGCAGUGAGCGAUGUUCAGACGUCGAUAGCAUCGAUCAGUUUCGGCACGAACUAUAGCUCCAGCGAUAACGAUAACGACAACGAUAACGAUAACGAUGAAGACGACGACUCGAACGAUCUGCUGCACCGCGCCAACGACACCAGCGAUGUAGCACAGAACGGGGCUCGAGGCCACGAGAGCUGUAUACUACAGGCGCGCCGCAUGAAGGACAUUCAGCUCCACCCGGACGUGGUCAAGAUGAAGGAGUGUCUGCUGGCCGACCAACAGCGGCAGGACAGCAAGCAUGCAAAGAAGCAGAAACAGAAGCUGCGCUGCAUAACCAAAUCCAAGUCGGUCGAAGCGCCGGGCAGCGCCGCCGCUAAUAGCCAGCAGCAACAGCAGGCGCAACAACAACAACAACAGCUGCAGCAGCAGCACUCGUCAAGCGGCAAAAUCAAGUCAUUAAUCAACCUGUUCACGCGCAGCUCCAAGAAAAAAUACACCAAACUGUCCGAUCAGCAACUGGCCCCAGCUAGCAGCAGAAGCGGCAGCAUUGCCGAGUUCGGAGCCAUAGAUCCGUUCAAGACGGAGCUGCCCCUGGUCUCCGGCAAGUCCACGACGGGCCGCUCUGCGAAACGCAAAAGCAAAAAGCCUCAAACGCAAUCCUGCGAGCAGCUGGAACGUGUCUGACUGCCUCCGCCUGCCUCCCACUGUGUGCGUGUGCGUGUGUAUGCGUGUGUGUGCAGAAGCCCUAUCCAACUGUGCUAUUUGUUGUGUUAGUUGUUGUGGUCAAGCCGUGCAUCGUCGCAGUCCUGCAUCGAUCAAUCAAAUGUCUGCCUAUAUAUACAUGUAUCCCGUUACAUGUAUGUAUGUAGAUGUAUAUAUACGCAGUCAACUAUGAGCCCAUUGUUUUAUAUUAAAACCAUAGACUAAGUCUAAGUAACUUACACACGUAUACACACACACACACACACACACACACACUAGCUCCUUGCUGCUUGCAUACAUCUAACCAUAACAAUAACAAGGAAAUU